AUGUCGUCCUCCUCUCCCUUGUCGGCUGGCGCUCACACCGCCCGUAUUAACGGCCUGACCAUCCACUACAAAGUCCAGGCCACUUCUCCCAAUCUUCCACCACUCGUCAUUCACCCACCACCCUGGGGCUGCGGCGCAGACAUCUACGUGGACACUUUCGCACGGCUCUCGUCCCAUUUCACCCUGAUCAUCCCCUCCCCUCGGGGCAAUGACGACUCCGAUUGCCCGGCCGACGCCACCGCCAUGUCCACCAGGCACGUCGUAGCUGACCUCGACGUACUGCGUUCUCACCUCGGCCUCGAACGCAUAAGCCUGAUGGGUCAUUCUGCCGGCGGGGCCGUCGCGCUGGGUUAUGCAAUCAAGUUUCCCGAGCGUGUUGAUAACCUCGUGCUCAUCGAGACUGACUUGCUGGGUUAUCAGCGCAAGGACCUCUCGUUCUUCAUCGACGCCAACAAGAUAAAGGCUGCUAUGAGCGUCGAGAAUGAUGCCGAAUUCCGCGAGUGGGUGCUGCGGGUCAUGCCGUUGUAUUUCGCACACCCGGAAAAUGGGGGCCCCGAGGCGUUUGAGAAGGCCUGGACUACUAUGCCGCGUCUCUGGGCUUUCGGGGCGUACUAUGGCGCUGAUCAGUCCGAUAACGGGAAGUGGGAUCACAUGGGUGAGUUGGAUAAGGUAAAGGCCCGCACAUUGGUCAUUGUAGGAAGGCAGGAUCGUACCUGCGGCGUGGAGGUUGCGGAGCGUGUGGCUGCGGGUGUCCAGGGGAGUAGGUUGGAGGUGUUUGAGGAAUGUGGGCACUUCCCUUGGGUUGAGCAGCAGCAGAGGUUUUGGGAUGUAGUUGAGGGGUUUUUGAAGGUGUGA